UGCUGUGUACCAGGACAGGGGCCACUCAGUAACCACUUUAUCUGUAGUAAACAUGCCCGGCACUCGCUAGGCCCUUGGGAAAUAUUUGUUGAUUAAAUGACCAAAUCAGACCAAAGUCCCCCACUUUAGAGAUGGCCAGGCUCAGUCCAACAAGAGGAAGUCAGUUUCUCAAUUCACAGCCAGCCAGUGGCCGAGCCCGGGCAGGAACGCCUAGGUCAGGCCCUUUCUGCCCCACAUCACUGCUUGGCAAGGACAUAUUGAGAGGUUGCCCAGGGUAGUGUUCCACACACAGAUUUACAGAUUCAAAGGAAGGCGUUAGCUCAGGAACCUAGGAGGCCAGGAGAGUCCAGGCAGAGAGAGCACGUGUGCAAAGUUGACGGGCACAAGGAACCAUAUGGCAGGUGAAGAUUCUGCCUGGAGGGUGGCCUGGGGACUUUGUGCAGCUGCCCGUGCCCAUCAUCCAGCAGCUCUACCACUGGGACUGCGGCCUGGCCUGCUCCAGGAUGGUGCUGCGGUACCUGGGCCAGCUGGACGACGGGGAGUUUGAAAGUGCCCUGCAGGAGCUGCGGCUGACCAGGAGCAUCUGGACCAUUGACCUGGCCUACCUGAUGCGCCACUUUGGUGUGAGGCACCGCUUCUGUACCCAGACCCUGGGUGUUGAUAAGGGCUACAAAAACCAGUCCUUCUACAGGAAGCACUUUGACACGGAGGAGACUCGGGUGAACCAGCUGUUUGCACAAGCCAAGGCCUGCAAGGUGCUGGUGGAGAAAUGCACGGUGAGCGUGCAGGACAUCCAGGCACACCUGGCACAGGGCCACGUGGCCAUUGUGUUGGUGAACUCGGGGGUGCUGCACUGCGACCUCUGCUCUAGCCCCGCCAAGUACUGCUGCUUUGCCCCCCGUGGCCACCGCUGCUUCUGCCGCACCCCCGACUACCAGGGCCACUUCAUCGUGCUACGUGGCUACAACCGGGCCACCGGCUCCAUCUUCUACAACAACCCAGCGUACGCCGACCGUGAGUGUGCAGGGAUGUGCAGCACCAGCAUCAGUAACUUCGAGGAGGCCCGGACCAGCUACGGCACAGACGAGGACAUCCUCUUUGUCUACUUGGAUAGCUGACAGCGGGAGCCUGGUGUGCCCCUGCCCCAGCCUGGCCUGCUCAGGAGGCCCUGCCCCAGGCCCAGGGCAGCUGGGGCUCGGAUGGGAGCUCCGGCCUCGGCCCGUGUGGCAGAACCCCAGGGAACUCUGGCAGGCCGCAGCGCACCCGGCUCACCUGCCAGUAGUGAGUGGCGUUGUGCCACUUGCCCACACACUGCAGGUUGCUGGAAACAUCCCCAGAGCUGCUGAGCAGGGCUAACCCCGGGGCGCUCAGCCUGACUCCAGCUGUGUCCAGGGGGCCGUCCAGCCCCAGAGUUCCCUUACUGCCUGAGCCCGUCUCCCCACCAAUCUGGGGACCGAGCCUGACGAGAGAUGUUACUUGUCAGGACGGCGCCUGUGUGUUUGGAGACUGUAGCAGACCCUGGCCUCGCUGCGGGCUCCUCCCCGUCUCCCUAGGAGUGCUGCAGGCCCCCAAGUUCUUGCAGCAGGUCACAAGGCCCUGGCCCUCGAGGAGGGCUGGACCGGAGGCAGAAAGGACUCCGAGGCCCCCAGCCCUCCAGGUACUCCGGCUCCGUAGAGCGUGUGUGGGCAGGAGCCUGGUUCCCGGCGGCCCACAGAGCUGCUUGUGCUCGAGAAAGCCUGACCCAGAGGGCCAGGGACGGCUGCUGGGCCCCGAAGGUCCUGCAACCAGGAGGCUCCUGAUUCUGGCCUGAGUCCCAACAGAGGGGCCCAUCUGAGUACAGGGAGCUCUCAGUCUUGCAGGGCUGGGUGCUGGGGUGCCAGGGCCUGUGCUCCUCAAGCAACAGUGGGGCGGCCUGUGGCUUCCCGCCCACCCUGGUGUUCUGCUGGGACCGGUGCACAGAAAGGUGGGUCUCUUCUGUCCUGAUAGAGAAGGGUGGUGCCCGUCCAGGGCCACACAGCAUGACAUGGAGCAUGGACCGGAACUGUUGCCUUCUUUCUUUCUCUCUUUUUUUUUGUGGGGGUGGGUUUUUGAGAUUUAAGUUUUCACUUGGGAGGUGAGAAUCACCCUCAAGAUAAUAGUGAGACAGCAGGUACUUUGGAACCACUGACACCUCUUUUCACGGGGCAAAUAAAAGCCAGUUCAAGUUGUCGCAAAGAGAAGAGGAUUCCCAGCUGGCGGACUGAGGGCCGGGGCCCCUCACCUUACAGACAGAAUCCAGCCCAGUUGGGGGGAGUUGGCCCAGGCGACUGACUGGUGGAGCUGGGCCUUGAACCCAGGUCUGCACCUGAAAAAUAAGAAGUGGGUCAUUCCCAAAGGGAAUGGGGACACACACCCACCUCUCAGGGGCUGCCUCUGGCAAAGGAGCAGAGGUGUCCCAACAGCCCCUCUACUCCUGCACCCCUCGUCUUGGUCUUCCAGUGCCCAAGACAUCACGUGGUGGCAGCUGCUGCCCCUUCCCUGGCUGCAAACUAUGCUCAGUAUGUGCCCCCACCUGCCAGCUGUCCCCCUCCCCUUCAUGGCAGCUCUGAGGGGCAGAGGCGGGCUCUGCCUGCGAAGGCCAUCAGACCGCCCAGCUGUAUUGCUCAACACCAGAUGCAGCCUUGACCAAGAGGGAGGCGCUGUAGCUGGGCAGCCACCCUGGGUGUGAGGCUAGCGUUGCCUUCGCACCAAUCUCCCAUCUCUGUUGCCUUAAUGCUGUGUGGCCCAGGAUCCCGGGAGUUCUGGCGCCAUGCCCAGGAAUAUCACAUGUGAUACAUGUGGGGUUUGGGCAAACUCAGGAGGGGUCUGGGUAAAGUGGUGGUGAGGAUAGAUAAGGAAAGCAGGAAGAGAAGCCUUCAGGAUGGCUGAAGGCGAGGCAUGGUGCGUGCGCUGCUGUGGGGAGCAGACUCCAUGGAGAGUGGUCACAGCACCUCAGUCUAUCAUGCACUGUUUAAAAACCCUCCGUCGCUGGGCUUGGAGGAUGGCUUCUCAGGGCGAGCCACGAAUUAGGGGUCAACUGGAAGACUGACAAGAAAGCUGCCUGCCCCUGAGAGGCUGCCACCUUCAUUGGAGAGGGUCGUGGAGGCAGGAUGCAAACCACGCUAUAUUGUGUAAUGAAAAAAUCAUGAAAAUGGGGCAGGAAAAAAGUCCCUUUAGGAACUUCUGCCUACAGAACACGGCACCCAUGACCCCUGUCUACAAGCUGAGGGUCCAGCACAGCCCCAAAGCCACAGCAGACAGUUGGCUUUGUUCACUCCAGCCACAUGGGGACAAAAAGGAUCUUUUGCAUUGCAGAGAUUUUAUACA